AUGAAGCGAGGAACACAGGAAAGACUGGUCCAGUGCAGUGACCCUGGAAUCACAGCUGUUCCCAUUAGUGUCCCAGCUGACACGGUCAAACUUCGUCUAGAAAAGACGCUGAUCUCCAAGGUUUCCAGGGCAGCCUUCUACAACCUGUCAGAGCUGCGGUUCUUAUGGCUAACUUAUAACUCAAUAACACUUAUCCACCCAAGCAGCUUUGUCAACCUGAAAGCCCUGCGAGAGCUACGUCUGGAUGGGAACCUCCUAACAUCCUUUCCCUGGGAGGGGCUCAGAGACAUGCCCCGUCUCCAGACUCUGGGUCUACAUAACAAUCGUUUGUCCAGUCUUCCAGCCCAUGCUGCUCUCUUCCUUCCUAACAUCACAUACCUGGAUCUGUCCAGCAACAGGUUGACUAUAUUACCUGCUGAGCUGCUGGAUCUUUGGUUUCCUCUUCCAGGACAAAGCCUCCAUGACAAUCCCUGGUUGUGUGACUGCCAGAUCUCCAUGCUGAUGUCUUUGUCCAUGACCCUGGGGAGUACUGUAGUCCUUAUGGACCAGUUGCUGAUGUGCAGUAAGUCUCUGAGUCAGUCAGAAUUGCUGCAGACCCAAGCCGAGCUGUCCCGCUGUAUGAGGCCUUCAGUCCAGCCUGCGGCCACCAGGGUAAUUUCCCCAAUGGGCAGCAAUGUAAUCCUACGUUGUGACGCCACCGGCUACCCAACGCCAACACUCACUUGGAUUAAAACCUCAACCUACACAAAUUGUUGCCAACAAGACAUCCUUGACAACUCUGAACAGCUGCCUAGGAUUUUGGAGAGUUUUAUGCAGGAAUCUCCGCGGGUGGGGGUUCGCUGGUCGAUUAUCAGCCUGAAUGGGUUAUCAUACAAGGAUGCUGGUGAAUAUCGCUGCCAAGCCCGGAACAUGGCAGGAAUUUCUGAAGCCCUGAUUAAACUGAAGGUCAUGGGAAUCACAAAAAUACCCCAUCUUCCAAAGAAGUCCAGAAAGAUUUCCUCCAAAUCCCCAUCAAAGUACAGGAAACCAUACCAGAUCCCAGCUAUCACCAACGCCCCCUCAUUUCUCCGUGUUUGUUACAGAGCGGACGUCAUGGCGGUGGGAAAGAAAUGGAAAUAA